GUAUUUCAGGAUCACUUAGCGCGUCUUUAUUUAUCCUUAGUCUAGUAAUUGAAGCACCACUGGUGGACUGACUCCGAAACGGAUCAUGCUAAAUUGGCUCCCCAAAUGGUAUUUAUAAAGCAGAAAAAUAGAGGAUAGCCCAGCUGGAAUUGAUGAACAAAACUAUGAUUUUUCUUUGUGAACACAAGAAAGGGGCACCCGGUGUUUAAAAGCGUUCAGAAUUUGAAGGAUACUUCUCCCCUUUAAAUUUCAUUAUACUGUUUUACGGAAGCAAGAAAAAAUAAAAAUAAAACUUAACGGAGGCACCAUAAAUUUGGAAUUUGAACACUUUGGUCUGGAAAAGCAAUAAAGGGGUUAAAGAAAGAAAAUUGGAAAGUGUAUCAGUAUGGAAGAAAAUGAUCAUAGCAACAGAGAAGAGGAGCGUCAAGAGUCGGGUGAUGAGUCCAACAGAGCUAUUAUCCCCCUUUUACAGGCACCGGGGAACCUGCAGCUGCCGCACCGAAUCACAAACUUUUUCAUUGAUAACAUUUUACGGCCGGACUUCGGGCGCAGAAAAGAAGGCGCGUUGGACGAGAGCAAUGUUUCGCGAAGAGAGGAUAACAGCCCCUCGGCCCCCGGAACGGGCCAGGUAGGAGGGACUAUAGCGGGAGAAGGGACCUCCAACUCUCCUCCGGUUGGAGGGGCAAAGAAGGCUGACAUUGCCGUCGACCAGAACGCGAAACCUCGCGUAGGUAGUGGGGACCAGUGCCUAAGCUCGGACUCGGAUAGUUCCCAAGCCAGCUCCACACCUUCCAGCCAGCCCAUGCUGUGGCCAGCCUGGGUGUACUGUACUAGAUAUUCCGACAGGCCUUCGUCAGGACCCCGGUCUCGUAAACCAAAGAAGAAAGGCACCAGCAAGGAAGACAAACGACCGAGAACAGCCUUUACAGCAGAGCAGCUCCAGCGGCUCAAGGCUGAGUUCCAGACCAACCGAUACCUGACCGAGCAGAGGAGGCAGAGUCUGGCGCAGGAACUGAAUCUUAACGAAUCUCAAAUCAAAAUCUGGUUUCAGAACAAAAGGGCCAAAAUUAAGAAAGCGACCGGGGGCAAAAACUCGCUGGCUUUGCACUUGAUGGCGCAGGGACUGUACAAUCACUCCACAACAUCAAAAGGGGACAAAUCAGACAGCGAUUGACAUUUGAAGAGUACAGAGUAUAUAAAAUGCAAUAAUUUCACAAGGGCCAGUGUAUAAAUAUACCAGCAGUAAUGGUUUUAAAUAUAUGUAUUAUUAAAUAUACGUCUGCAAUAUCAUGUAUAUAUAAUUUACGCAAACAGUGUUGUACAAAGCUCGGUUUUAAAUAUAUUAUCGAUCUUGUUAUUUUCUUCUUGAAAAAAAAUUAGAUGCUUCUUCUAAAGAAAAGAAAAAAAACAAUUAAGUUCCUGUCCUUUUCUAACGAAACACCAAGCGCUUUUGAUUGGCACUUGAUACACAGACACAUCUGACUAUGAAGAAAGAAACGUCUUGCUGAAGCCCAAAGAUUUUUUGAUGCAUUCAGGCAACUGUGAAUCGAAAUAAAUUUGAUUGCUAAGCUAUAUUUUAUUUCUAUGUUUGUUUGUUUGAUUUACUAGGAUCGUUUUUUUUAUCGUUUUAUGUAAUUAUAUCACUAAACCGGACAUACGCAAGCGUUGGGUAAUCAUAUGGAGGUCAGGCUGCGUGUAUCCAUGAAAUAUAUCAUCAUUUUGUAAAGAUCGUACACGCUAAUAUAGUCAUACUGAUAACUUAAAAGUAUAUUAAACUAUAUAAAUGCAUAUAUAUAUCAAAGAAACUAGAAACACCGGAGUGCCAGACCUCCGAUCGCAGGUUGUCUUUAGCUACCAAAUUUGGUUAGCUUCGAGGUGGCUAUAUUUAUCAGGUUAAGCUCACAGACUAGAAGACUAACUUAAAGGAGAAAAGAUAGAUAAUACGGUUGCAAAAUUAGCAUUUUUAUGUAAUUCAAAUGUACUAAGGCCUCUAAAUGAAAAUGAUAUAGUUUUUAUGAAAGAGCAAUAUAAUAUUCUUUUUUGUUUUGUAGCACGAGUUUAAUUUCAUAUGAUGAUGCCUGUGAACCAGAGGUAGACAACUUUGUAGCAUAGAAACAAUGUUUAAAUACUCUUCAGCACACCAUUUUGGACAAUAGCAGUAAAUCAGUGCCGGCAUAAAAGAUGAUGAUAUGCGUCAUUUAUAAAUAAAUAUAUACAGAGAUACAUAGAAGUAUACAUUCAGACACAUAUACAUAAAUAUGGUUGAAACAAAUCGAAUGCGUUGAUCUCUAAUGUAUAACAACGAUUUAAAAUACUGUUUUAUUGUUGUUUGCAAAGACCUUAAUAUUUGUCGAAUUUUGUAUUUAUAUAGAUUAUAUUGAAAAUCUAUCCAAUGACUCAUGUUGCUUUUGAGAAUAGAUUCUGGGUUGUUUACACGCUUAUUUAUCUUGCAAUAACUUUUUGUGAAUGAAGCAUUUUCGGGGAGGGGGGCUUUGCAUGACAGCUGCAAUUUGUUACUUAUGGACAGAUAAAGGUGUUUAUGAACUUGGAUCUUAGGUUAUGAACGUAAGCUGAAGAUUUAAGUUGUAGAUUGUAUCCAUACCAAAUUGUGGACAUUUUUAUUUGACUCGUGUGAAUUGUGUUUAAUUGUGUAUAUCUGAAAAGUGUGUAUGAAUUUAAACCCACCAAACUGAACACACUUUGCCUUAAAAGUUCGAAAACGAACUUUUUAUGAAAAAGAACUGUGCUCUGAAACAAAAGUAUUAGGAUAAUGCAUACUAGUUAAUUCAGGAAGGAGUACUGCCUUUAUUUCAACAGUUGGUAUGACAUAAUGAAUUUAUUCAUCAGCAAGUUAUAUGAAUGAAUAUGUUAUAGAAAAUACGAAAAAUGGGAUUGCGUUGUACUAAUCAAUGCAAUUUUUUUAUUUUAUGUUGUUUUGAAAUAUACUUGGUUUAAAAAAUACAUGUAAAUAAUUUGUAUCACUUAUGUUUAAUUAUGUAAUUAACUGUCACCUUAAAACUGGAAAAAGCAAGCAAAUAAACCUCGACGACAACACUAA